AUGUCGACCACAAUGGACAAGAUCAAGGAGAUCGAGGCAGAAAUGGCUCGAACUCAGAAGAACAAGAACACCUCCUUCCAUUUGGGACAAUUGAAGGCCAAGCUUGCUAAGCUGAAGCGAGAGCUUUUGACCCCAUCGGGAGGUGGAGGCGGUGGAGGCGGUGUUGGUUUCGAUGUUGCGCGCACUGGUGUUGCGAGUGUGGGGCUUUAUUGGGUUUCCCUCCGUCGGAAAGAGUACCUUGAUGAGCAGGUUGACCGGACAGCACUCAGAAGGUUGGUGCAAAUGAUGCAAAACACUUCAACGAUAGCUCUGACACAUCUUCCAGCUGCCGCUUACGAGUUCACGACCCUCACGACGGUGCCUGGUCAAGUCAUGUACAACGGUGCCAAAAUUCAAAUUCUCGAUCUUCCUGGCAUUAUCCAGGGUGCGAAGGAUGGCAAGGGUCGUGGUCGACAAGUCAUUGCCGUGGCCAAGACUUGCCAUCUGAUUUUCAUUGUCCUGGAUGUGAACAAGCCCCUGGUCGACAAGCGGGUUAUCGAGAACGAAUUGGAGGGCUUCGGUAUCCGGAUCAACAAGGAGCCACCCAACAUUGUCUAUAAGAAGAAGGACAAGGGUGGUAUUGCGAUCACAAGCACCGUUCCUCUCACGAACAUUUCACACGAAGAAAUCAAAGCGGUAAUGAACGAGUACAAGAUCAAUUCGGCCGAUAUCGCCAUCCGUUGCGACGCGACCAUCGAUGACCUGAUUGACGUUCUGGAAGCCAAGAGCCGAAGCUACAUCCCAGUUGUCUAUGCCCUCAACAAGAUCGAUGCCAUCUCCAUCGAGGAGUUGGAUCUUCUAUACAGAAUCCCCAACGCUUGCCCCAUCAGUUCCGAGCACGGCUGGAACAUUGACGAGCUCCUGGAGAUGAUGUGGGAAAAGCUCAAUCUCCGAAGAAUCUAUACCAAGCCCAAGGGCCGCGCACCGGACUACUCCGCACCAGUUGUCCUGCGCAAGUCUGGAUGCACCGUGGAAGACUUCUGUAAUGCUAUCCACCGUAGUAUCAAGGACCAAUUUAAGCAUGCCAUUGUGUAUGGCCGAUCCGUGAAGCACCAACCGCAAAGGGUUGGUCUUGCGCAUGAGUUGGCUGAUGAGGACAUCGUUUCCAUUGUCAAGCGAUAA